UGGAACAUCAACGUUUCCUCUUCCUCAUACAUCUUGUAAGAAAUAUAUUUUAAUGGAUUUAUUAAAGUUAAACAAAGGAAAAUUGCUCGAUACAAACGGUUACGGAGCUAUCGCGGAUGGUUUUAUACCCAUAUGCAAGUGAAUAUAUUACCGACUAGAGAUAAAACUAAGGACGCCAUAUAUUAUAUUAACGCAAUGUGAUUUGGAGUUUGGACUGCAUAAAAUAGAACUGGGAUUUUCCAACUCGAGUGACCGAAGUCCAACAUGAGCGAUAACUCGUCAGUAUCCGACAACGAAGAAUCGACACGGGAGCCACAGUUUUACUACUAUGACGACGGAGAUCCGAUUAGUUUACAAGCUAUCACCGGACCUGGUGUACAGACAAUCAGUGCCCCAUGCUCUCCUAACCAUGGUAUCAGUCAAUACUGUGCUAUAUGUCGGGACAGAGCAACCGGCAAGCACUACGGCGCGGCAAGCUGUGAUGGCUGUAAAGGAUUCUUCAGACGCAGCGUCAGAAAGAACCAUGUGUACUCGUGCCGUUUCAACAGAAAUUGUGUGGUAGAUAAAGACAAACGGAAUCAGUGUAGAUAUUGCCGACUGAAGAAAUGUUUCAGGGCUGGUAUGAAAAAAGAAGCUGUCCAGAACGAGCGUGACAGAAUAAGUGUAAGACGGACAAGCUACGAUGAAAUUGGGCAAAACAGUGCUCUGUCCGUCAGUACGCUGCUGAACGCUGAAAUACUCUCUAGACAGAUAGCAUCACCGUCUGUAUGUAAUGGCGAUGACCUUUCACAUAAGAGAAUUGCUAACGCAAAUGAUAUUUGUGACUCGAUGAAGCAACAACUUCUUAUACUGGUUGAAUGGGCAAAAUAUAUUCCUUGCUUCUGUGAUCUUCCGCUAGACGAUCAGGUGGCUCUUCUAAGAGCACAUGCAGGAGAACAUCUGUUACUCGGUGUUGCAAGACGCUCUAUAGCUCAUAAAGACACAUUACUACUCGGAAAUGACGUCAUUAUACCCAGAAAUACAGCGGAUAUGGAAAUAGGUCGCGUUGCAACGAGAGUACUCGAUGAACUGGUGAAACCACUGCGAGAAGUACAGAUAGAUGACUCCGAAUUUUCUUGCUUGAAAGCAUUAGUAUUUUUUGAUCCAGAUGCAAAAGGUUUAAGUGACUCCGCCAAAAUUAAAGCAUUCCGUUACCAAAUCCAUGUGAAUUUAGAAGAUUAUAUAAACGAUCGUCAGUACGACUCCAGAGGGCGCUUCGGCGAGAUUCUUCUGCUGCUUCCAUCAUUACAAAGUAUCACGUGGCAGAUGAUCGAGCAGAUACAGUUUGCAAAGUUGUUUGGAAUGGCCAAAAUUGACAAUUUGUUACAAGAAAUGCUCUUGGGAGGGGCAAAUGGAGACAUUGGGCAAGUGCAGUCAACAACAACAUCAAUGGACAGCGCCACAGCAACACCGCUUUCAAUGUCGCCUAACAUGAUUAUGAACACAAUCAACUACACAGAUCUCCCGGGAUCCGAUGAUAGUGACUCUAUUCACAUGGCGACGGGACUCGAACAAUCUGUUAUGGGCCUUGGAUCCCAUUCGCCCCCUGUGGGUAUGCUAAAUGCCGUGCCCUAUAUUCCAAGCUUCCAGCUCGAUAAUUCACCACAGUCCACAGUAUCACCAGCUGAUCCCAACCUCAAUAUGGGCCCUCUAGGAAGCCCCUUGAACGGAAAUGUGAUAGCAAAUAGUUGUAGCGGAUCUCCUUUGCCAGCCGGCGAACCUUUUAACUUGUCUGCAGGAAGUAAAUGCUUAAAGCAAGAAGUUGCAUAAAAUGUUCACAUCUAUAGAUAUGAUCACAUGUCUGAAAUAAUUUUGUACUUGUAAAUGUGUUACUUGUUAAGCUUUGAGCAGUUUCUGUUUCUGCAUGGAACACUGACUUUGAACUGAAUGUUAAAAGAAUAACUUCAGUCAACACGUGUACAAAUAGUGCUCAUCGAAAUGGGAAUAGUUUUGUAAAAGCUUUAUUGUGAUAUUGUAAAAAAGGGAUUCAAACUUACUAAACUCGUAUACAGCAUGAUGAGUAUUAACGCCACGCUCCAGUUAUUUCGUUAUGACACUAAAACCAUGAAACAGUUGAGAUGGAUCAUGGCUGUUACGGUGCAUGGGUGACAAACCAUUUUAAUGGCUGCAUAGCGAUAAGUGUUUGUCAAUAUAAACAACUGAAAGCUGCAGAACCUGUUUCACCACCUAUGUAAAAUAAACAUAAAACUGAUUUGAUAUGUAUACCAGUGUUUUUUUCACCUGCAAGGUAUUUUUGUUAUAUUUUCAUGUUACUGCAUUGUUUUGCAAGAAAACAUCUAUGUAUUGUUUCCAAAUUGUAUGUACUGUAUUUACCUCAUUUAACGCCUAGCCUUACAUUUGAGAAAAAAAUCAAACGACACCAAAUCAUAGAAAGCAAGAGUUGUUUCACAUGUAAAUUGAAUAGCAUAUAAAACAUGUAUAUUACUUUACAAUACAAUUGUCAGUAUACAGUUAAUAAAUACAUACACUGAAUUUCGGAAAAGGACUGAAUAAAGGGGCUACACUUCCGGACAGUCAACGCCUUUAAAAACUCAUCAUUUUAAAAGAACUGUUACAUAUGAUUGUUUUGAUGAAUUUCCAACAAUGUCCAAGUGUUGAAAUCUCACAUAACUAAGUUGAACGUAGUUUUUAGUAAAGUUCUGUUUAUUUUUAUUUCUUCACAAAUGGCAUCCAUUUUAAAGGGGGACAACAAUUCCAGAAUAUUUUAGUAUCGGACAGUACGACAGAACAUGUAAUGGUCAGGUAGAUUGUUGUUAUGGAUGUUGUUCUUUUAUCAAAUACUUCUGUUUUUGAUGAUAUACUCCUUAACCUUAAAUCACUGAUUCCACUAAUAUCACGAGAAAAGUAUCUAUAAUUAGUAGAGGUACAAUUUGAAUAGGUUGGAUAUAUAUAUAUUUUUUUUUCAUUUGCAGCUGUGAUUUAUUAUAACCGCCAUACUUUUGAUUACUUUGAAUAACUGACUUCAAAUCACUUGCCCCUCAUCGAUGUGGGUUCGGGCCUCACUCGGGGCGUUGAAUUGUUCAUGUGAGGAAGCCAUCCAGUUGGCUUACGGAUAGUCGGUGGUUUACUCAGGUGCCCGCUUGUGAUGAAAUAAUGCACGGAGGGGCACCUGGGGUCUUCCUGCACCAUCAAAGCUGGAAAGUCGCCAUAUGACCUAUAAUUGUGUCGGUGCGACGUUAAACCCAACAAAAUAAAUAAAUGAAUAAAUACUUUGAAUACUAGUAAGUAAAUCUAACACUGUCCCAUAAUAAUGUUUCCAUUUGUAACAUGUAUUUUCUUAAUGCCAUUUUAUAGGAAAAAAUUGAUGCAUUCAUGGUUAUUUAUUCAAAGAAAUUAUCACAACAAUUUUUAUUUUGACACAUAUAUUUGUACAUAUAUACAUUUUUAACAUGAUUGACUAAUUGUUAAUCCUGGAUGCUUUUGUUUUCUUAAUAAUGAUUAUUGUACCCCCCGACAACAAAGUUGUAAGGGGGGUAUACUGGUUUCAGGUUGUCUGUCUGUCUGUCUGUCUGUCUGUCUUGUGCACACUAUUUCUCCUUAUCCCCUUGACAGAAUUUAAUGAAACUUCACACAAGUGAUCAGUACUAACAGUAUUUGUGCAUGGGGCAUGUUAGGUUCUUUUAGAAAAAAAAUUUGCAGAGUUAUGGGACUUUGUUUUUUUUGUUACUAUACUAUAUACAUAGACACAAUCUUGUGCGCACCAUCUCUUCUCAUCCCCUUGACAUAAUUUAAUGAAACUCCACACAAGUGAUCAGUACCAACAGUAGUUGUGCAUGUGGCAUGUAAGGUUCUUUCAGAAAAAUUUUUUGCAGAGUUAUGGGUCUUUGUUUUUUUUGUUACUAUACUAUAUACAUAGACACAAUCUUGUGCGCACCAUCUCUCACCCCCUUGACACAAUUUAAUGAAACUUCACACAAGUGAUCAGUAACAACAGUAGUUGUGCAUGGGGCAUGUUAGGUUCUUUUAGAAAAAAAAAAUGCAGAGUUAUGGGACUUUGUUUUUUUUGUUACUAUACUAUAUACAUAGACACAAUCUUGUGCGCACCAUCUCUUCUCAUCCCCUUGACACAUUUUAAUGAAACUUCACAGAAGUGAUCAGUACCAACAGUAGUUGUGCAUGGGGCAUGUUAGGUUCUUUCAGAAAAAAAAAUAGCAGAGUUAUGGGACAUUUUUUGUUACUAUACUAUAUACAUAGACACAAUCUUGUGCGCACCAUCUCUCCUCAUCCCCUUGACACAAUUUAAUGAAACUUCACACAAGUGAUCAGUAACAACAGUAGUUGUGCAUGGGGCAUGUUAGGUUCUUUCAGCGACAAAAAUUACAGAGUUAUGGGACUUUGUUUCUUGUUAACAUACUAUGUACAUACAGUCUGCAUAUGCAAUCUUGUGCGUGCCUGAUCUACCAAACCCUUGCACACAAUUUAAUGAAACUUCACACAAGUGAUCAGUACCAACCCUAGUUGUGCAUGGUACAUGUUACAUUCUUUUAGAUAAAUAUUCUGCAUAGUUAUGGGACUUUGUUUUUUGUUACUAUACUGUAUACAUACAGUCUAUAUACAUACAGUCCACAUAAUUAUGCAAUCUUGUGUGCGUCAAAUUGCAAUGUACUGUGUCAGUGCAUGCGGGGGGUACAUUCAUCACCUUUAGUGAUAGCUCUAGUUUCAUUCAGAUGUUAAUAACUUUUAAUUUGAAAACAAUACAUUUAAUAAUUGUUUUUCUAAUGCUCAUUAUUGGUUUCGCUCUUGGAUAUUUUCUUUGAAAUAAAAUAAGUGCUUUGCUCUAUAAUAAAACCUAAAACCAGUUGAAAUGAACGGAUAUCACUAUAUGUUUACAUUGGCCUUGUCCAAAUAUCAUGGGUCUGUAGUUUCCACCACCGACGGUCCGUAAUAUCAGACUGUAAAGAAAUGAAAUUGAUACCUGCGAGUUGGACCGACAUUGGUCCUGAAAGAAUGUUUGACUCUGUCAACAAUGUUUGAUUCUUUUUCUGUCACUUCAAGGUUUUAAGUCAUAUUUUCAUGAAUUUGAUGAAAAUCCUAUGAAAUGUGGUUGCAGGGACUUCUUAGUUUUCAAAAUGUAUCGUCUGGUUUUGAAGUUAUCCUUAAAUUAAACUCCAUUUUAGGCGUAAUUUUACUAAUUUUAGCCAUUUUUGGUCACCAACAUUUUUUUUCAGAAAGAGCGAUUUCGACUUCAUUUUUCACUGGAGUCUAAUAAAGUGAUCUUAGUUAACCUCAACAAAUUUGCUCAUCGAAAUAUCUGUACGAUUUGAAUAAACGCGACAUUUUCUUGCACAUAGAAGUUUCCUAUAAAAAUACACAUUCUGGCUAUAAGAUUAGAAUUGCUCAAGUUGGCUUCAAAAUUCAAAACGUUCAUACUAUCAUCAUUGCGGAUCUUUGGACUGUAUACGCCCUCAUGCAGCUAUUACGCAGGCGAAUAACAUCUUCAUAUUUAUUCGAUAUAUUUAAACAUGGCUCUGCAAUGUAUUAUUUCUAAAUUAAUAUUCAUCUGAAUUGUGGCUUUAUAUAUAGCACCACCGUGUCUGAUAGUCGUGUUUUAUAUCGUUUCUGUUAUUAUCAUUUCUUUUUCUAUUCUAAAAAAUAUUUCUUGACAUUGACCAUUUUGCUUUGCUUACAGUAUGUUGAGUAAUGUAACUGAUAGAUAACUUUUAAAUAUACAAAACAAUAUGGUGUGCUAAACAACCCAUUGAAUGAUCUCAAAAAUUGUUAUAUUAUGUUUAUUCAAAGACGAAGGAUUACUUCUUUAACUGUGUGUAUUUGCUUCAAAAGAAUAUAAUAAAACAUUUAAAAUGGA